UAUUGGCCUCCGGGUCUUACACAACGCCCUCACACGAAUGAUCGCGAGUUUACGAGGUAAGCGAAUAUUUCGAGGUUUCGGGUCGUAAGCGAACUUAGCACAACGUGGAAACUUGACUCCGUGUGAAGAAAGACGAUUUUCUGAGGUAUUUGGAGGGACCUGUGGCUGCUGGUCGCGAGUAGAGCGCAAAAGAUUGAUUAAUGAGAGAAAGUACACUUUUAUGAAUUAAUGAUUUGACCAUGACAAGUAACGUGGCAACUAUUAAAUUAGAGGAGGGGCAAGAAUCUGUGACAGAGAUACAAACUUACUUAGAGACAUUUAAUAAAGAAAUAGAAGGAGGUCAAGGGGAGCAAUUGCAACAUGUUCAGUUGCAACAAGUGGAAGGAUUAUCAGGUGGGGAAGAAGGUGGGACUUACUUUGUUGACCAAUCUGGUCAGUAUUAUUAUCAAGCAAACAAUGAUGAAACACCUGUGAUGACACAAGUACAGAUUCAAGAAGUAGAAGAAGCAGAUGUGCAAAAUGAGGGAGAAACAGCUCAAGAAGAACAAUAUCAUGAAAUUGAAGAAUUAGAAAAUGUUGAUGGUGAUGAAGAUGGACAGAUAGCCAGUAAUGGAAACAAUCAAGUUGUUAUCAAUUCUGGAGAUGCAUAUCAAACAGUUACAAUUGUACCAUCUGAUACCAAUCCUGGUGAAGUCAGUUAUGUAUUAAUAGUUCAGCAACCUGAUGCUGAAGACAAGGACAGCAGACCAGUAGAACGAGAAGGUACAGAAGGUGAAGAGGGAGAAGGUGAACAAGAUCUUACUGUUUAUGACUUUGAGGAUAAUGAAGACAAUGAAGCACCUGCAGAAUCAGAGGCAGAGGAUGACAAAACCAAAAUCAUUAAGUUUCUGCCCAAAAAAUCUCAAACUGUUACCCAAGCUCACAUGUGUAAUUACUGUAAUUACACAAGUCCAAAACGGUAUCUGUUAUCACGGCACAUGAAGUCUCAUUCUGAAGAAAGACCACAUAAAUGCAGUGUUUGUGAAAGAGGAUUUAAAACAUUGGCUUCACUUCAAAAUCAUGUUAACACACAUACUGGGACCAAACCACAUCACUGCAAAUUUUGUGAUAGUGCAUUCACAACUUCUGGUGAACUUGUUAGACAUGUUCGAUAUAGACACACUCAUGAGAAACCACAUAAAUGUCAUGACUGUGACUAUGCAUCUGUUGAACUCUCUAAACUCAAGCGUCAUAUUAGAUGCCAUACCGGAGAACGCCCAUAUCAGUGUCCGCAUUGUACAUAUGCAAGCCCUGAUACUUUCAAAUUAAAACGACAUUUGCGCAUACAUACAGGAGAAAAACCAUACGAAUGUGAUUUUUGUCAAGCAAGGUUUACUCAAUCUAACAGCUUAAAAGCUCACAAACUGAUACAUAAUGGUAGGUUGAGACAUAUAUUUAAAAAAACAGAUCUCAGAAUUCAUGUGCAGAAAUUACAUACCUCUGACAAACCCUUAAAAUGUAAACGCUGUGGAAAAACAUUCCCGGACAGAUAUAGCUACAAAUUGCACAGUAAAACUCAUGAAGGAGAAAAGUGUUAUAAAUGUGAUUUAUGUCCAUAUGCGUCUAUAUCUGCGCGUCAUCUUGAAAGUCACAUGUUAAUUCACACCGAUCAGAAACCAUAUCAAUGUGAUCAUUGCUUUCAAUCAUUCAGACAAAAGCAACUUCUUAAACGGCAUUGUAAUCUUUACCACAAUCCUUCUUACGUUCCUCCUCCACCACAGGAGAAAACACAUCAAUGCCCUGAAUGUGAACGACCGUUCAGACAUAAAGGAAAUCUUAUUCGACAUAUGGCUGUCCAUGACCCAGAAUCAUCUCUUCAAGAAAAACAACAAGCUUUGAAAAUGGGCAGACAGAAAAAGAUUCAGAUAAUAGAUGGACAAAGAGUUGAAGUCAUGACAGGUGAUUUAGCUUCUAAACUUAAAGGUUACGAAGAAGAAGAAGAAGAUGAAGAUGAAAUGAUGGCGGUGGAAGGAAGUGACGGCCAACAAUAUGUCGUAUUGGAAGUUAUUCAACUAGCUGACAAUCAAGGAACUGAUCAGCAAAUGGCAGUUGUAGCAAGUGAGGAUGGAGAUUUGGUAAUGCAAGAUCCUUUAAGCCAAGAAAACGGUAUUGUAAAUGGUACAGGCGACGAUGGCGAUGAUGACGGAGAAGAGGAAGAUGUAGAAAUGGAUGAAUUGAAAAUGGAAUCUGAAUCAUCUAACAAAGCUUCUCAAAAUACACAAAGCGACCCAAAGUUGCAGAAAGAAAUGGAAACAUGCUUUGGCUUUGAUGAGGAGGAGGAGGAGGAAGAAGAAGCCAAUGGCAAUAUAAAUAUAUUGCAAACAAUUUCAUAAUAAGAGGUUUGAAUGCAAGGAAAUCUAUCUACGUAAUAGUCAAAUGUUUUCUCUCUCUCUCUCUCUCUCUC